GGAUCUGACGUGGGCUCGACACCUUUCUCAGCUUCUCCCUCCCGCAGCUUCAGUGCCCGAGCUUCGGCUCUCGGGUUCCGCAACCCCUUCCCCUCCCCGACAAGCCCCGCUAGAGCCCCGUAGGGACCCUCCCCAUCCUCAACCCCACCCUAGACCCCCCGGAAGCUGUAUUUCCCCUCCCCACUCCCCCGCUUGGGAUACAGCCAGCCCGGUGGACCCAGGCGCCCGAACAAGAGGGUAACCUUCGGCCCUCUCGGCCCCACCCCCUCCAGCCGGAGCCGCGCCCCCCUCUACCACGGAUCUAGGAGCAGAGGACAGAGAUUAAGCAAAAAGGGGUGGACUCCAGGCAACCUCUAGCCCAAUUCUGUCCCUCCAUCUCAAGGAGGAGAGAAAUUGUCUUCCAUUGCUGACCCCCAGCAGGAAAACAAAAUUAAGGAGAAAGAUAAAAGGACACGGAGGAAAAGUGGCAACUAGAUUAUUUAGGAGAGGCACAGAGGAGAGAAAUUGGGGUGAGUCGCCAUGGGGACUCCCAAGGCCCAGCACCCACCGCCUCCCCAGCUGCUGUUCCUAAUUCUGCUGAGCUGUCCCUGGAUUCAGGGUCUGCCCCUGAAGGAGGAGGAGGCGCUGCCAGAGCCUGGAAGUGAGACCCCCACAGUGGCCUCUGAGGCCCUGGCUGAGCUGAUCCAUGGGGCCCUGCUGAGAAGGGGCCCAGAGAUGGGCUAUUUGCCGGGUGAGGCCUCGACAACUGUCACCACUACAGUCACCAGCCCAGUUCUGUGUAAUAACAACAUCUCCGAGGGUGAAGGGUACGUGGAGUCUCCAGAUUUGGGGAGCACUGCCAGCCGCACCUUGGGGCUCCUAGACUGCACAUACAGCAUCCAUGUCUACCCUGGCUACGGAAUUGAGAUCCAGGUGCAGACACUGAACCUGUCUCAGGAGGAGGAACUCUUGGUGCUGGCUGGUGGGGGGUCCCCAGGACUGGCCCCCCGACUCCUUGCUAACUCCUCCAUGCUGGGAGAAGGACAGGUCCUUCGAAGCCCAACCAAUCGACUGCUCCUGCACUUCCAGAGUCCACGGGUCCCAAGGGGUGGUGGCUUCAGAAUCCACUAUCAGGCCUACCUCCUGAGCUGUGGCUUCCCUCCCCGGCCGGCCCAUGGGGACGUCAGUGUGACAGAUCUACACCCUGGUGGCACUGCCACCUUCCACUGUGAUUCCGGCUACCAGCUGCAGGGUGAGGAGACUCUCAUCUGCCUCAAUGGCACCCGGCCAGCCUGGAAUGGAGAGCCCCCUAGCUGCAUGGCAUCCUGUGGUGGCAUCAUCCACAAUGCUACACUGGGCCGCAUCGUGUCUCCUGAGCCUGGGGGAGCCGCAGGGCCUAACCUCACCUGCCGUUGGGUCAUUGAAGCAGCUGAGGGACGCCGGCUGCACUUGCACUUUGAGAGGGUCUCGCUGGAUGAGGACAAUGACCGGCUGAUGGUGCGCUCUGGGGGCAGUCCCCUAUCUCCUGUGAUCUAUGACUCUGACAUGGAUGAUGUCCCAGAGCGUGGUCUCAUCAGUGACGCCCAGUCCCUCUACGUGGAGUUGCUCUCAGAGACACCUGCUAAUCCCCUGCUGCUCAGCCUCCGAUUUGAAGCCUUUGAAGAGGAUCGCUGCUUCGCCCCUUUCCUGGCACAUGGCAACGUUACUACCACAGACCCUGAGUACCGCCCAGGGGCACUGGCCACCUUCUCAUGCCUCCCAGGAUAUGCUCUGGAGCCCCCAGGCCCCCCCAAUGCCAUCGAAUGUGUGGACCCCACAGAACCUCACUGGAAUGACACAGAACCAGCCUGCAAGGCCAUGUGUGGAGGGGAGCUGUCAGAGCCAGCUGGUGUGGUCCUCUCUCCCGACUGGCCCCAGAGCUACAGCCCCGGCCAGGACUGCGUGUGGGGCAUGCACGUCCAGGAAGAGAAGCGCAUCUUGCUCCAAGUUGAGAUCUUGAAUGUGCGUGAAGGGGACAUGUUGACACUUUUCGAUGGGGAUGGUCCCAGCGCCCGUGUCCUGGCUCAGUUGCGGGGACCUCAACCACGUCGUCGCCUCCUCUCCUCUGGGCCCGACCUCACACUCCAAUUCCAGGCACCUCCUGGGCCCCCAAAUCCGGGCCUGGGCCAGGGCUUUGUAUUACACUUCAAAGAGGUCCCGAGGAAUGACACUUGCCCUGAGCUGCCGCCUCCCGAGUGGGGCUGGAGGACAGCAUCCCACGGGGACCUGAUUCGAGGCACCGUGCUCACUUACCAGUGUGAGCCUGGCUACGAGCUGCUGGGCUCUGACAUUCUCACCUGUCAGUGGGACCUGUCCUGGAGCGCUGCUCCACCUGCCUGCCAAAAGAUCAUGACUUGUGCUGACCCUGGUGAGAUCACCAACGGGCACCGGACGGCCUCAGACGCUGGCUUCCCUGUUGGCUCCCAUGUCCAGUACCGCUGUCUGCCAGGGUACAGCCUGGAGGGGGCAGCCGUGCUUACCUGCUAUAGCCGAGACACAGGCACACCCAAGUGGAGCGACCGGGUCCCCAAGUGUGCCUUGAAGUACGAGCCGUGCCUGAACCCCGGCGUUCCAGAGAAUGGCUACCAGACCUUGUACAAGCAUCACUACCAGGCUGGCGAGUCUCUGCGCUUCUUCUGCUACGAAGGCUUUGAGCUCAUCGGCGAGGUCACCAUCACCUGUGUGCCGGGCCACCCCUCACAGUGGACCAGCCAGCCCCCGCUCUGCAAAGUGGCCUAUGAGGAGCUCCUGGACAACCGAAAACUGGAAGUGACCCAGACUACAGACCCAUCGCGGCAGCUGGAGGGUGGGAACCUCGCCUUGGCCAUCCUGCUACCCCUUGGCUUGGUCAUUGUCCUUGGCAGUGGCGUUUACAUAUACUAUACCAAGCUCCAGGGAAAAUCCCUGUUUGGUUUCUCAGGCUCCCACUCCUACAGCCCCAUCACGGUGGAGUCAGACUUCAGCAACCCGCUGUAUGAAGCUGGGGAUACACGGGAGUAUGAAGUUUCCAUCUGAAUGCCAAGACUAAGGCUGCAGGACCCAGGACACCCGUUCCCUCCUCAUUCAGGGCAGUGGGGAGCACAGGACCUGGUCUCUGGCUCCUGGCUUCCCUCCUCCCUGUUGUGUAAAUAAUCUCCCUGUCCCACAAGGGGGUUUUGAUGGCCCUGGAGACCCUACAGUAAAUAAACCAGCAUCCUGCCGCCCAAAGGCUCCUUUUCUCAGUUGCCAAACAAGGGGCCUGCCCCCUGCCCCACUGGCUUUUGGACCCUGGGAGGGGAACUCAGUGCCCUUGCAACUCUUGGGACCCCCUCCCACCCAGGGCACCCCUGAAGGACUGCCCCAACUGCUCUACUGUUCCCUUGGCCUUGUAGGCUUCUCUCCUCCCAGAUGCCUAACUCCUGGGCCUUGGAGGGUGAGAAGAGGAAGGAUGAGGGGGACAGCUGGGCCAAAGCCCCUCCCUGUUCCUGCUGUGUCCCGAACCCACAAUUUCUCCACCUUUGCUUCUGGAUUUUUGUUUUUGAGCAAUAAAUGGAAAAUCAUCACUUGUAA